AUGCGCCCCGUACUCGCUUCACCGCUCCUGCUGAGCUCGGCCCUCGCCGCAUGCGUUGACGGCGCGAGCAAGGCCGGCGGCGCCGGCUCCGGUGCCGGCGCCCAGUCCGCCGUCGAAUCCCGCACAAUCGACGAGAUCUACAAGGCUGCCGUGGCCGAGGGUGGCCAGGUCGUCCUCUGGCACGGCGGCGACGAGGUCAACCAGAUGGACUUUAUCAAGGAUGCCUUUGAGAAGCGAUUCCCCGACAUGAAGCUCAACAUCACUGUCGAUCUCUCCAAGUACCACGACGGCAGAAUUGACCAGCAAGUGGCCGCCAAGGCGCCUAGCCAGGUCGACAGCGUCUACCUGCAGACCGUCCACGAUUUCCCUCGCUGGGCCAAGGAGGGUGUUCUGCUGGACUACGCGCCAUUGGGAUACGACCAAAUCCUCCCAGAGUUCAAGGACAAGUCGACCGCCUCGUGGUACGCCCUCGAGGUGCUGUUCUGGCAGAACGCCUGGAACACCAAGAAGCUUCCCAAUGCCAACUUCAACAACUUUGACGAGUUCCUCAAGCCCGAGUACAAGGACAAGUUGGUCCUGACGUAUCCCAACGACGACGACGCAGUCCUCUUUGCCUUUGACCUGAUCCUGCAGAAAAAGGGCAAUGCCUGGCUCGACAAGCUGCUCGCGCAGAAUCCCACCUGGGUCCGCGGCACGGCCACGCCCUUCACCCUCAUCGCCAAGGAGGACAGCCCCCUGGCGGCGACCUUCACCACGGCCGUCGGCUUCGCCAACGUGACCAACAUCCGCACCGCGUUCCCCAACGACGCGCAGUUCGUCUCCUGGGGCCAGAGGGGCGGCAUCCUCAAGAACGCGCCGCACCCCGAGGGCGCCAAGCUGCUGGCCGCCUUCAUGCUCACCCCCGAGUUCCAGAAGGAGUACGGCUGGAGCGUCCGCGGCGACGUCCCGGCCCCCGCUGGCUUCCCCAAGGUCACCGAGAUGCAGAACACCGACGUCUUUGCCUUUAACACCUGGAUGGAGGACCGCGCCCGCGUCGAGCGCCUCCGCUUCUGGUACGAGGACCGCAUCGGCACUGCCCAGGGCGUGAGCCCCCUGGUCGAUAACGUCUAA